AUGACUCGCCAAAUCAUGCUGCGGCCCCCGUCGGCGAGCCGCCGGGAGCCGCUGCUGAAGGCGAGCAAGUCGACCUCCUCCUCCUCCUCCUCCUCCAUCUCCUCCGGCUCCUCGUGCGGCGGGGGGAGUGUCCGGUUCGCGGAGGUGGCGGGAGGGACGGCGGCGGAGUGCGCGGUGGUGUGCUGCUGCUGCCCCUGCGGGAUCGCGAACCUGAUACUGCUGGCCGUUUACAAGGUGCCCGCCGGGCUGUGCCGCCGCGCGUGGAGGAAGACCCGGCGGCAGAGGCUGAUCAAGAAGGGCCUGCUGUCGGCCAAGGGGCGGCGGCUGACGUGCGGGUGCGAGGAGAAGGAGCUCCAGAUCCACCCGUUCGAGGUGAACGAGGCGAUGGCAGAGAUGAAGAGGCCCGCGGCGGAGGACGAGGAGGUGGAGAAGCAGGUGGCCAAGCUCGAGAAGGAGAUGUUGGAGAGGUUCUACGGCACCGGCUUCUGGAGGAGCCCUUCUCAGCGAGAGCCCCCGUCGGCUCAGUGCCAUUGA